AUGGCUGAGGGAGAUGAGGCUGCGGCGCGGCUUUUCCAUGGCGUGCUUUCCAGGGAAGAAGAAGGGGGUAGCACUCUGCGCAUACUCGUGGCAACAGAUUGCCACCUUGGCUACCUUGAGAAAGAUGAGGUGCGAAGAUUCGACUCCUUUGACACUUUUGAAGAGAUCUGCUCAUUGGCAGAAAAAUAUAAGGUGGAUUUCCUACUCCUUGGUGGUGACCUGUUCCAUGAGAACAAGCCCUCCAACUCAACAUUGGUGAAGACAAUUGAGAUCCUGCGACGCUAUUGUACGAACGACCGACCGGUGCAGUUUCAGGUCAUAAGUGAUCAGGCAGCCAGCCUCCAGAAUAGGUUUGGCCAAGUGAAUUAUGAAGACCAAAACUACAACAUUGGCUUGCCCGUCUUCGCCAUCCAUGGGAGCCACGGUGGACCUGCUGGAGUUGAUAACUUAUCUUUGAAUGAUAUACUCUCAGCUGGAAAUUUUUUAAAUUUUUUUGGUAAAACUGAUCUUGGAUGUACGGGUGUCGGUAAAAUAACAGUUUAUCCUUUAUUUAUCAGAAAGGGUCAAACUUAUCUUGCCCUAUAUGGACUUGGCAACAUUAGGGAUGAGAGACUGAACAGAAUGUUACAUGAACCACAUGCGGUUAACUGGAUGCUACCUGAAAUCCAAGAUGAGAUAGACUGGUUCAACAUCUUGGUUCUUCAUCAGAAAAGAAAAAAGGCAAGUCCUAGCAAUGGUGUCAGUGAGCUCCUCUUGCCACGUUUUCUGGACUUUGUAAUUUGGGGCGGCCAUGAGCAUGAAUGCCUAAUUGAUCCCGAGGAGGUUUCUGGAAUGGGUUUCCACGUCACCCAACCAGGUUCCUCAAUUGCUACCUCACUGAUUAAUGCUGAAGCAAAGCAAAAGCAUGUGCUCUUGUUGGAAAUCAAGGGGACGCAAUACAGGCCAACCAAAAUACCUCUGCAGUCUGUUAGACCUUUUGAAUAUGUAGAGGUUAUACUGGAAGACCAGGUAGAUGUCGAUCCUAGUGAUGAAGCAACCAUUCAUGCGUAUCUGCACAAAAUUGUGAGCAGCCUUAUUGAGAAGGUUAGGGAGACAGCAGCCAGUGGAUCAGAACCCAAGCUUCCACUAGUUAGAAUAAAGGUGGAUUACUCUGGCUUCUCGACAAUAAAUUCGAAGCAAUUUGGUCAGAAGUAUGUGGGCAAGGUUGCAAACCCACAAGACAUCCUUCUUUUUACAAAAUCAGGGAAAAGGUGUAAAAAUACACAAGAAAGCACCAACAGUUCUGGACAGGUUGACACAAAUGACCUUAACCAACAAACCAUUGAAGCGCUCAUUUCAGAGACUAACUUGCAAUUGGAGACCCUCAAUGUGAAUGACUUGAACAGUGCAUUGCAUGAUUUUGUCAACAAGGAUGACAAGACGGCAUUUCACUCGUACUUGAAACAAAGCAUCGAUGAAGCAAGAAACAAGCUGACUACCGCCACGGAGGAUUCUACAAAGAUUGACGAACAACAAAUAGCAUGCUUGCUGGAUCAGAGCAUGCAGGCGCCAGGACAGGAAACCAUCACCAAGGGAAGACCAGGCUCCCAGAGUCUGCUGAUCGAUGCACUCAGCGUGCUUGAAUCCGACGAUGAACCGGUUGAAUCUUCCGAUCCGGAGGAGAGUGGUAGCAGCAGCCAUCAAGCAGCAGGAAGGAAGCGGCGAGCGGCACCAGGUGGCGGCGAUGGGGGAUCUGCGGCGUCUGCUGCUUGGAGGAGGAAGACUGACCUGGCUUCGUUCCAAAGGGCUCCGACGAAGGAAGACGACGCUGAUGCAGCCAAGAAACGCCGGGCUCCUGUUGCCCCCGGGAGGUAUGGGGCUGUGAUCCGGAGGAGGUGAUAACUGAUGAGCUCGUUGGAUGCCCUGCGGCAUCGGCUGAUGACUGACGACAUUCCUUUUGGGGGUUGAGUGUUCGCGCCAGAAUUUGUUUGGCGAAAUAAUUAGUUAAUCUGCUCUGCUAGAAGUCUUUUUAUGCACGACAUGGUUCAAGUUCCUUGGCGC